AUGAUUGACUGGUCAAUGGAACUGGGGAUUCCAAAACAGCGUCUCAACGUCCAGUUCCUAAUGGCAAAAUGCCAUUGUUUUGACGUUGUUUUUGUCUUGUUUGGUACAGUGAUUCUUCCCCAUGAAGUUUCAAACAACAGUGGCUGUUCCAACAAACUAGAUGACCCCCUUGAGAUAAGUCGGUCAUUAGAACAAAGUCUCAUGGUCACGUGUGUAGGAAGCAUUGCAGAGCUUGGUGACCUUGUGGACCGUGCAAUGCAUUUUCACCAGAGUCGCACUCGUACCACUAACUCACCAUACAAGACCAAUGGAAUCACGUGGAGUCCGGAUGGUCUUAGAACCCUCUUCCAUUUUAUGAGCUGCAAUCAGUUGGAAUACCAGGAUGAUAGGCCCAUCGUUCAACUCACUCCAGAAAGGCCUUACGUUGUUCUUCCUCCCCUCAUGGAGUGGAUCAGGGUUGCCAGCACCCACUGUGAACACCGUCUGAGUAGUGUGGUAGACAGCGAUGAUGUCCGACAGGCUGCAAGGUUACUACUACCAGGCAUCGACACACCGGUCAGACCUCUCAGAAUGGAUGAGUCCCUCUGUUCCUCGAGACACCUAGAUGCAAGCCAGUCCACGGCUCGUUUCCAGCAGGAUCUAGGAUUCCGUAUGCUGGCCUGCGGGAGAACGGACCUGGUCCCAAACGCUGCUGUUCUGCUAGGACCAGAUGGGAUUGAUACCGUUAGUGAACAGGGUAUGACAGCGUUAAUGUUAGCGUGUGCGAGAGGCGACGAAGCAAUGGUCCAGAUAUUAUUAGACAAUGGUGCUAAACCUAAUCUUACCGUCCCAAGUAGUCAUCAGAAGUAUCCCUGUAUCCAUCCUACGAUCAGACAUUGGACAGCUCUAUCGUUUGCAGUAGCUCACAGACAUACAGCUAUAGCUCAGUUAUUAUUAGACGCCGGUGCUAACGUAGAAGGUGCCCCUGGAGAGAAUUAUACACACUCACCAUUACAGCUAGCAUCGGCAGCAGGUUACCACGAGCUGGUGUGUCUUCUAUUAGAUAAGGGAGCAGACCCCUACCUCACAACAUUGCAUAGAAAUGGGAUCACCAGUAAAGGACAUGGCAACUCAUUUGCUCUUGCUGCUGCACAUGGCCAUAGAAAUAUUUUACGUAAGCUUCUAGAACAGCCUCGAUUGAUCCGAUCGUCGGACAUCUUAUCUCUGGAGGAGAUCUUAGCCGAGGGCUCCGAUGGGCCAAAGGAACGGAAAGCUAGCAAAGCGAGGAAGAACAAGAUUGCACUUAUGCUACAGGAAGCAAUGUACCACAGCUGCGAGCAUGGUUUCCUAGACAUCGCCAUGGAGCUCCGGAGCCUUGGUGUCCCAUGGACCUUCCACUGUUGGCUGGAGACCCUUCGGACGGCCAAGUACUUCCAUCGGUUGGCCAUCAUCCAGUGUUUGUUCCGAGACUUUGGAUCCAUCCCAGUCGAGGACGAUUACGAGGAGCUGAUCCGGGACGGGCUGCCGCUCAUGUUUGAGAUCUUCAGGCAGAGUAAGAAUGACCUGGUGAGCAAACAGCUUGCGAACAUCUUCCCUCUCCUUAUGGGUACGGAUAAGAUAAGUGACAUCCCUACACCAGAUGCUAUGCAUGGGGCAAGGAUAGAUCCUCAAUACAUCAACAACCCUGAGAUGUCGGAUGUGACCUUCGUGGUGGAAGGUCGUAGGUUCUACGCCCACAAGAUCGUCCUGGUGACGGCAUCCAAACGCUUUAAGGCCAUGCUUUCGGAUCGCAUGUUGGACCCUCAGAAACCCAUCGUGGAGAUCACAGAGUUUAGCUAUCAUAUCUUUCAGCUUUUGAUGCAGUACCUUUAUAAUGGAAGCACAGAGAAUCUUCACGUCAAGCCAUCUGAACUUCCCGAGUUACUGGCAGCUGCUAAUCAUUUUGUAUUGACCGGUCUUCAGCUUCACUGCGAGAGGUUACUGAGCAUUGAUCUCGCCUGGGAUAAUGCUACAACAGUCUACAGACAAGCCAGAUUAUAUGGAGCCGAGUCUCUUUUGGAAUAUUGCCACUGGUUCUUCCUGCUGAACAUGCCAGAACUCCUUGCCAAGAAUGAAACUUUCAAGAAACUCAUCUUCCCUCCGAAGCAACAUCCUUAUGACCUACCGAGCAUGCUUCAGGAUACUCUGGCUAAACAGAUCUUCAACCGCUUCACGAAACAGACGACUGUCUGACCAAAGAUUCUGAGAAACUCUUUUUUGUAUCAUUCCCUCAAAGCAGCCCUCCUUACCUCCUAACAAACUUGACCUACCUAGCUUGGUCUAAGAAACUCUGGCUGGACAAAUCUUUAAUUGCUUCACCAGAUAAACACAAUCAUCUGAAACAAGAUGUCAAGAUACCCUUCUUUACAUUGUUCCUGAAGUAACAUCCUGACUAUAGACCAGUAUCCUCCGAUGUACCCUGGCUAAUUAGAUUUACCAAGAAAACGACUGUCUGACCAAGAUUUCAGGAAAAGUUCCUUUGUAUUUUUCCCCCUAUCUACCCAGUUGGCUCCAGGCUUCAUUAGUUACAUAGACAUUCAACCAAUUUACCAAGCAGACAACUUUCUCUAAUACAAGAUUUUGAGUAACUUGUCUUUGCAUCUAUCCUCGAAAGCAAUAUCCUUAUUAGAAGUAAGCAGCCUUCUCCUAGUUAUAAAGAUCUUCAACAACUUCACUAAACAAUCAACUCUCUGAUACCAGAUUUGGGGAAACUCAUUCUUCAGAAGUGACAGCCUUAGAAAAAACCCUUGUGCUCCAAGGUAUCCUGGCGGAACAGAUCCUCAACAACAGCUUAACUAGACAAAGAACUGUCUGACCAAAGAGUUUGAGAAAGUCAUCUUUACAUCUAUCCCAAAGCAACAGCUAUAGGGCUCAAU